GGGAAACGAAUAGACAUAUAGGCAAUUAUAAAUUUUUCCUACAAAACUUCAACAUAUAUAUUUUGUAAAUUUAAGUUAAAAAAUUGUUAUAAAAGAAAGCAAAUUUUCCCACAAUGUUUAUUGUAGCUAUUACGGGUGGAAUUGCGUCUGGAAAGAGUACAGUUAGUAGAGUUUUUCAAAGAAAUGGCAUUCCAGUUGUAGAUGCGGAUGAAAUAGCUCGAGAAAUUUGCAUUUUGAAAAAUGUUUUUAUUAUAGUUGUAAUGCCUGGAAAACGUUGUUGGCAUAAAAUACGUAAAGAAUUCGGUGAUGCAGUAUUACUACCUACACGAGAGAUUAAUCGAGCAGCUUUGGGGCGAACUGUAUUUGAAAAUAAAGAAUUAAGAGGACGACUUAAUAUGAUAACACAUCCGGUAAUACAUCGCACGAUAUUUUUCCAUGUUAUUAAACAUCUGUUGAGUGGAAAACAGUGGAUUGUGCUGGAUUUGCCGUUAUUGUUUGAGACUGGCAUUUUAAUGGAUUUAAUCUAUAAAAUAGUAUGCGUAACCUGUGAUCCUGAAACUCAACUACAACGUUUAAUAGCACGUAAUGAACUGUCAGAAGAAGAUGCUCAUUUGCGAGUUAAUUCACAAAUGCCUUUGGAGAAAAAAUGCGAAAAAUCACACUUUGUUAUAGAUAAUUCAGGAUCCGUAGAGGAUACCGAGGAAGCAGCUUUAAAGAUUUGCAACAUGUUGACGGAGAGCAAGCAACAUUGGCGUAACCGCCUUACAUUUUUAGGUUUCGUGUUUGCCAUAUUGUUUUUUAUUUAUUAUUUGAACAAAAUCUUCAGUUUUUUGCCAGAGAUUAACAUCGUUGCUAGAUGGAAAUAAGUAAAAUAUUUUUAUACAUAUAUAUUUUGCGUGCAAUUUAAAGCAUUUAUUACAGUAA